GUUUUGAGUUGGCUACCAACGCGAGCGGGUCAUUCUCUCAUAUCGACAAUAAACUUUCGAAACUCACAAGAUAGUUGUUUAAGGGAUUUUUUUUUUAGUUUAAGAAACGAUAAGCAUAUUUUUAUUACAAAAAAAAACAAUAAAAAAACGGAUUAAUUCAAAAAAUUAUUAAAAAAAAAAUUUUAAACAAAUAAAAAAAACAUAUAUUCAUUUGAAUAAAAAUUAUUAUUCAAAAUGAUGGAGUACGGUAUGGAAAACGGCUCCAUGGGCUAUGGGGACGGAUAUAUGGAGCAAGAAGAAGAAUGGGAGCGUGAAGGAUUAUUGGAUCCAGCAUGGGAGAAACAACAAAAGAAGACAUUUACUGCCUGGUGCAACAGCCAUUUACGUAAAGCUGGCACCGCUAUUGAUAAUAUUGAAGAAGAUUUUCGUAAUGGCCUUAAACUUAUGUUAUUAUUAGAAGUUAUUUCUGGUGAAACAUUACCAAAACCAGAUCGCGGCAAAAUGCGUUUCCAUAAAAUUGCUAAUGUAAAUAAAGCAUUAGAUUUCAUUGCAUCAAAGGGCGUACGUUUAGUAUCAAUUGGUGCUGAAGAAAUUGUUGAUGGCAAUUUAAAAAUGACAUUAGGUAUGAUCUGGACAAUUAUCUUACGUUUCGCUAUUCAAGAUAUAUCAGUCGAAGAGAUGACCGCUAAAGAAGGUUUGCUAUUAUGGUGUCAACGUAAAACAGCGCCAUAUAAAAAUGUUAAUGUGCAAAACUUCCACUUAUCUUUCAAGGAUGGUCUUGCAUUCUGCGCUCUUAUCCAUCGUCAUAGACCAGAUUUGAUCGAUUAUGCCAAACUCUCCAAAGAUAAUCCGUUAGAGAACUUGAAUACUGCCUUUGAUGUAGCUGAAAAAUAUUUGGAUAUUCCAAGAAUGUUAGAUCCAGAUGAUUUGAUCAACACACCAAAACCGGAUGAAAGGGCUAUUAUGACAUAUGUAUCAUGUUAUUACCAUGCUUUUCAAGGAGCGCAACAGGUUGGAAAACCAAUGCGUGUCCCCGUUCCCCAAAGAAUUUCUUCUGAUAAUUAUAAAAAUUUACAUGCCCAGAAUGUGUCUAAACAAUUAUACGACAAUUAUCAUUUACAGUAUUUCAAAAAACAUGCUGAGACAGCUGCUAAUCGUAUUUGCAAAGUUCUUAAAGUUAAUCAAGAAAAUGAACGCCUUAUGGAAGAGUAUGAACGUCUAGCAAGCGAUUUACUUGAUUGGAUUCGUCGCACAAUGCCAUGGUUAAAUUCCCGUCAAGCUGAUAAUUCACUAGCUGGUGUGCAAAAGAAAUUAGAAGAAUAUCGUACUUAUCGUCGUAAGCAUAAACCACCACGUGUUGAACAAAAAGCAAAACUCGAAACAAAUUUCAACACAUUACAAACAAAAUUACGUUUGUCAAAUCGUCCAGCAUAUUUACCAACUGAAGGUAAAACUGUAGCUGAUAUUUCAAAUGCUUGGAAAGGUUUGGAAUUAGCUGAAAAAGCAUUUGAAGAAUGGCUAUUAGCUGAAACAAUGCGUUUAGAACGUUUAGAUCAUUUGGCACAGAAAUUCAAGCACAAGUGCGAUACUCAUGAAGAUUGGACGCGUGGUAAAGAAGAAAUGCUUCAAUCUCAAGACUUCCGCCAAUGUAAGUUAAAUGACUUGAAAGCAUUGAAGAAGAAGCACGAAGCUUUUGAAUCAGAUUUAGCUGCACAUCAAGAUCGUGUUGAACAAAUUGCUGCCAUAGCUCAAGAGUUGAAUACUCUUGAAUACCACGAUUGUAUUUCGGUUAACGCCCGUUGCCAACGUAUAUGUGAUCAAUGGGAUCGUUUAGGCGCUUUAACACAACGUCGUCGUCAAGCAUUAGACGAAGCUGAACGUAUUCUUGAGAAAAUUGAUAUUCUUCAUCUUGAAUUUGCUAAACGUGCAGCUCCAUUCAAUAAUUGGUUGGAUGGUACACGUGAAGAUUUAGUUGAUAUGUUCAUUGUACAUACAAUGGAAGAAAUUCAAGGCUUGAUUCAAGCACAUGAUCAAUUUAAAGCAACGUUAGGUGAAGCCGAUAAGGAAUAUAAUUUAAUUGUUGGCUUAGUACGUGAAGUUGAAUCAAUUGUUAAUCAACAUCAAAUACCUGGUGGUCUUGAAAAUCCUUACACAACAUUAAAUGCACAUCAAUUAUCACAUAAAUGGACUGAAGUACGUCAAUUGGUACCACAACGUGAUCAAACAUUAGCAGCUGAAUUACGUAAACAACAAAAUAAUGAAAUGUUAAGACGUCAAUUUGCUGAUAAAGCAAAUUCAGUUGGUCCAUGGAUUGAAAGACAAAUGGAUGCUGUUACUGCCAUUGGUAUGGGAUUACAAGGUUCAUUAGAAGAUCAAUUACAUCGUCUAAGAGAAUAUGAACAAGCUGUGUAUGCUUAUAAACCACAUAUUGAAGAAUUAGAAAAGAUCCAUCAAGCUGUGCAAGAAUCAAUGAUAUUCGAAAAUCGUUACACAAAUUAUACAAUGGAAACAUUACGUGUUGGAUGGGAGCAGUUAUUAACAUCAAUCAAUCGUAAUAUUAAUGAAGUUGAAAAUCAAAUUUUGACGCGUGAUUCAAAGGGAAUAACACAAGAUCAAUUAAAUGAAUUCCGUUCAAGUUUCAAUCACUUUGAUAAGAAUCGUUUGGGUCGCUUGACACCAGAAGAAUUUAAAUCAUGUUUAGUAUCAUUGGGUUAUUCAAUUGGAAAAGAUCGUCAAGGUGAAAUGGACUUCCAAAGAAUUUUAGCUGUUGUUGACCCAAAUAAUACUGGUUAUGUACACUUUGAUGCUUUCUUAGAUUUUAUGACAAGAGAAAGCACCGAUACUGAUACGGCUGAGCAAGUAAUUGAUUCAUUUAGAAUUUUGGCCUCUGAUAAGCCAUACAUUUUACCCGAUGAACUUAGACGUGAAUUGCCACCAGAUCAAGCUGAAUAUUGCAUCCAAAGAAUGCCACCAUACAAAGGUCCCAAUGGUGUACCUGGUGCUCUUGAUUAUAUGUCUUUUAGUACAGCCCUUUAUGGUGAAAGUGAUUUGUAAACAAAUGUUAUAUAAUAAAAAAUAAGAAUAAUAAUCCUAUAAAGUAAUAAUAUUAAAAAAAUUAUUUAUAUAAAAUAAAUUAAAAAUACAACUUACAAUAAUUAUUUGAAGAAUUGUAAUUAAUUUUUUUUUUAAUUUUUAGAAAAAAUUGAAAUACAAUUGGAAAAUUGAAAAUGUAGUUAAAAAACAAAACACAUUUAAAACACGAAUUAUUUAAAUUAUUUUUUGGAUUAACAGUUUAUCUUUUUUUAACUACAAAACUAAACUAAAGCAGAGGAAACAAAACAUAUUAUGAAAAUUUAAGUAAAAGCAGUUUUUUUAUAAAUCACUUUUAAAAUAGUAUGAAAAUGAAUAUAUUAAUUAAUUUAUUUAUGAAAAGAUUUUUUUUUAAAUAACAUUUACAUUAUAUUUUUAGUUCGCCACUCUUUAAAUUUUUUUUUCAUUAAUUUUAUUUUUAUUAUUUAACAUUAAUAAAUUAAAAACCAUAAUAAUUAAAAAGAUAUAUAAUAAUAAAUAAAAAUUAAUUAAAAAAAAACAACAAAACAAUAGAAAAUAAAAUGAAAAAAAAUCGAA